CCUUAACUUGGUAUGAUCAUGUUUUUCAGGUCCCGAAAGCUUUGAUAUUUUGCAAGGACAUUCAAAAGCUACAAUGCUUUUAAUUAUAAACAACGCAGCACAAGGAAUUUUAUCUUCCUUUUUCUUCAAAUAUGCUGAUACGAUUUUGAAAAAAUACUCGUCAACAGUUGCCAUGAUCUUCACAGGCUUUGCAUCUGCAGCUUUGUUUGGUCACACUUUGACUAUAAAUUUUAUGCUUGGAAUUUCUAUUGUUUUCAUCUCAAUGCAUCAGUUUUUUUCACCUCUUGCAAAAGUUAAGGAAGAAGAAAAUGGGGUAUUGGAGUUGGAACCGGUUGAGAACAAUCAUAGGGACCAAUUCGUAAAUAUAGCAGCAGGGGCAAAUGAGGAGGCUAGUCAUCGUGUAGAAUCUGAUGAAAGGAGGCCUCUACUUCCUACUUGAAUCGACCGGAGUCAAUGCAUGUUUCUUCUUUGAAGAGUUUUUCGGGCUCUAGUUGUGGAGGGUACGGAAGAUUCCCAUUUUUAAGAAGAAAAGAAAACCCUCUAUGAGGGGUAUUAUGGUCUUUGUGGAUAUCGUUGAAAGAGUUUACCCCACUAACAACCAAUCAAAAAACGAUUUUAAGUAGCCGAUGAAAUUGGCCAUGUUUUCGGACCUCACUAUCAGUGUAUACAGGUUCAGAAGAUAGAAAAAUAACAAUUUAUUGGUAUUGUUUACUUUGGACCAUUCAUCCAUUCAAAUAUAGUUUAUUCAAUA